AUGGCAUCACUACCAGAAUCCUACGAAAAGCUCAGCUUCCCAACCCUCCUCAUCUCCCAUCACCCGCCAUCCUCGCCCUCUCCAACCCCAAUCAUCAUCGUCAAACUCCACCGUCCGUCGCACCGCAAUGGCUUCACAGACAUCAUGGCCGACAAUCUCGUCACCGUCUUCAACACCCUCUCCCUCGACCCCCGUGUCAAAGCCAUCAUCCUCACCUCCUCCGACACUCAAAACAAGAUGUUUUGCGCCGGAAUGGACUUCUCCUCGCCUCAGGGCGUCUCGACCACCGCUGAGCUUCACCGUGACGGAGGCGGCCGCAUCUCCGUCGCCAUGUACAGAUGCAACAAGCCCGUCAUCGCGGCCAUCAACGGCCACGCCGUCGGCGUCGGCAUCACCAUGACCCUCCCCGCCAACAUCCGCAUUGCUAGUUCCGAAGCCAGGAUCGGUUUCGUCUUUGGCAGAAGGGGCUUCUGUCUCGAAGCCUGCAGCAGCUUCUUCCUGCCGAGACUGAUUGGGACGUCCAAGGCGCUGCAUUUGACAACUACAGGUGCCGUCUACCCAGCCAACCAUAAGCUCUUCGACGGACUGUUCAGUGAGGUUGUCCCCCCCGAGGAGGUUUUUCCCACGGCGUUGAAGAUCGCCGAGGAUAUCAGCGUGAAUGUGAGCAAUGUCUCGUCGAGGGUGAUGAAGGAUAUGAUUUACAGAACGACAAGCUCCCCAGAGGAAGCGCAUCUGCUGGAGAGCAGGUUGUUUCACGGGUUGUUUAGGGGCAAGGAUGCCAAAGAGGGUGUUGAAAGCUUCAUGCAGAAGAGGCAGCCUGACUUUAAGGGCACCAUGGAGGAUGGUUUGCCGCAUUAUCCGUGGUGGACGCCCGUUGAUGUCAAGCCGCCUGCUAAACUAUAG